AUGACGGAAGCUAUCAGUGCACCGUAUGGAGAGGAGGACGAAGAGGAGGAGCGAUUGGAAGACACAGGUGUGGGUUUGAUGUACUCCACGGAGCAAAUGGAAAGCUGGGUGAGCUUCAUGCCCGAAGCAGGAAGUGUUGUGGUGGGAGCUCUUCCGGCAAUGGGCGAAGGGCCCACGGCUUACGGGGCCUUUGGGAUUCUAGAGGCCGUAGGCGAGCGGCUCUAUGUUGCAAAGUACUUCGGGACCAACGACCAUGGGACAGAAGGGAGACACAAAGGUUUGGGCAAGAUGUUCAACACAAGGUCAGGGAAACUCCACUUCUGUCUGCAAGGGUGUGCGCAAUGCGAGGUCCAUCAAUCAGAGGACGUGCUCCACGUGGACAGUCUGACAUGGUGGCCUCCCCUCUUUUACCAGGGGGACCUUUGCACAUUGCACGGGAAGAAGGCUUUGAAGGACUUCAACGCGAAAUUCGAGGAACCGGAGCCGCUACAAGCGUCGGGGCCGCACGCCCAGGAGGAUUCUCCCAGGCAGCGGGGAGCGCCCGGAAGGAAGGAUGGGCUUCCCGGGCAGUUCUUCGAAGGGCUUGCAGGCCUGGCAGCGCGUGCCGGAGUGGGGGGCAAGCCUCCACCCUCAAUUCUUCGGCCAAAGGUGACUUGGGCAGACAUGAAGAAGCAAGCGCCAAGCAGGGAAGCGCCGGCUCUGACUUCCGGUCAGCCCACAGCUCACCCUGGAGCACAAAGGAUGAAGGAGGAGAUUGUGGAGAUCGGGAGCGAGUCCGGCAAAAGUGGGAGUCCUGCGCGCGGGAGCCAUGGCUCCAAACCCAGGUCGCUGGCAGACAGAGUGAUCGCACGUUCAGUUGCCAGCCAAGCGACAAAGCGGAGGACGAAGAAGAAAAAGAAAAAAGGAAAGAAGAAGGCCAGGAAACGAGGAAAAGGAAGCAGCAGGACCACGAGCUCAGAGGAGAGCUCGGGGUCAAAAGGCGGGUCAAGCUCGGAAAAGGAGCUUAUGCCUCCGGUCAAAAGGAAGGCCGAGAAGAAACCGGGUGCAGUGAUGGAGGAGCUUGUGGAGCACGCCAGGGCCCAACUUUCGGAACGCGAACGAGGAGAAGGCCGAGAAUCUCUGGGGAGCGGUCCCAAGGGAGAAGUGAAGAUGAGUCUCUUCUUCCAACUUUUUUGGAGGUCGAAGUUCGAACAUCGGCCCCGGGAUCAACGAGAACUUUUUCUUCUUUCGCGGUGUGCCGACCUGCUCAGGGAUGGGCACCUGAACGAGCUGGCCGACGCCAUUGCUGGUCGCAUAAUGGCCCUAGAAGUCGCAGCGUCCACAGGGAGUUGGAACACGGCGAAGUAUCUAGAGGUCGAGACGAUGGACAGUGGGAGCAUUGCAAGGCCAGAGACCCUCCUGGCGGCUCAACGGCAUGCUCGACUGGUGGCAAAGUCGGAAAGUUCAUGGAAGCGUGGCGACGGAAAUUGGAGUGCCGUGCCGCUGGCCUCGCUCGCACCGGCUGUGGGUCGCGCGCGUGCCGCCCCGUUGGGCUGGCUGCGGGCUUCCACGGGCCCGGGGCGAAAGGCUGGCAACAGGGUCAAUUCUGAGGUUGAGUGCUUGCUUCGAGGUGAGGUUGCAAAGUUGCUGGAGCGAGGAUCCUCUGGGUUUGAUCGCGUUGACUUGGACUCAAUAUGGAAAGAGCUGGACAAAGCUGUUCUAAGCUACACGGGUGAAGAGAUCCUGCCCCUCAGGCCAUUGACGGUGGAACAGAUGGAGCCAGCUCUCCCACCCGCUGGAGCCGGUGGGCGGGUUAACGCCCUUGAUCUGGUCGAUGGUGGAACCAAGCGGUUCCUGAGCGAUCCUCGGCUAUCUAUGUUGCAGAGUUCCGAGAUUGAGCCCGGUCCGUGCAGAGCAAAGGUGCAUGUCUCGGCUGGGGCUGGGGCCGCCGUGGCGAGAUUGCUUGUUGAGAGAGGGGUCUGCAAACCUAUGAAGCUGAGUGAUGUUGGAUGUGUUGCAAAUGAGCGAAUCCUGAAUGGUCUUUUUGGCGUCCCGAAGCCAAAGACAUUGGAAGACGGGAGGCCAGUAUUGAGAACAAUAAUAAAUCUGAUUCCGUCGAAUCGGGUUCAAAAGAUCAUCGGAGGUCACAUUGAGAGUCUUCCUGCUAUCGCAAAAUGGCAGUCAAUCAUUCUGGGAGAAGGUGAAACGCUUACUGCUUUUCAGUGCGACAUGGCAUGCGCAUUUUAUCUUUUUUCCCUGCCUGAUGUGUGGCUGCCUUGGUUUUGUCUCAAUUUUGAUCUCUCGGGUCACGAACUGGGGAUUGAGUCUGACGAGCGCUUCACGAUUGCUUGCUGCACUUUGCCAAUGGGGUGGAAAUCAGCUGUGGGGGUAAUGCAGUGCAUUAGCCGGCGAGUUCUUCUCGAAUCGCGUUUGCCGGAGUCGCACGAGAUACGUAAAGAUCGCUCUGUCCCUCCAUGGCUGAUUAAAUGCUGGCGCGAGGGAGGUCAGCACUCUUGGUGGCAAGUUUACCUUGACAAUUUCAUUUCUUGCCAGGUUGAGAGUCCUUCAAGCUCUCAAUCAGGCAAAGAUGGGGCAAAGCAUUUCCGUGCCGCGCUUGAUGGCUGGGAUAGUUUCGGCAUUCUGUGUGCCAGUGACAAGAAUGUUGAGUUCGCUGGCGUUGCCCAUGAGCUUGGAGCUGAGAUUGAUGGAGACCUUGGCAAGCUUAGUGGCGGAACCGCUAGGCUGUGGAAAACUUGCGUUGCCUCGCUUGGACAGGUUUUGCUCGGGAAGGCCUUGUUUGCGAUAUUUUCAGAGAUCUGGAAAGCAGCAUCUGUUAACUGCCCGCUGGCUGUCAAGCGACGUGCUAGCGUAGAGCUGUUCAUGGCUGUUCUCCUCAGCCCGCUGUGCUGCUGCGACCUCUCGCGCCAGGUCCAUCCUGUGGUUGUGGCCACUGACGCAUCCGAAAAGGGUGGGGCCAUUUGUGUCUCCACAGGACUUUCCUGGUCCGGCAAGUCACUGGCUUGUGCGUGGAGUGAACCUUCUAAUCAUUGCAGCAUCCAGCCUUUGUUGGUAAUUUCGCUCUUUAACGGCAUUGGAGGAGCCUUUCGGGCAUACGACCUUGCGGGCGUCCGUGCCUCAGGUCUGGUCUCGAUCGAAUGGCACAAACCGGCAAACCGUGUCGUGAAGCGUGCCUGGCCCCACGCACUGCAGUAUGAAGACGUCAGUGACGUGGACAGAAGCAUGGUCAGAGAAUGGGUCGGCCGCUUUCCUUCAGUCAAAGAAGUUCACGUUUGGGGAGGAUUUCCCUGCGUGCAUUUGUCUUCAGCACGGCAUGGCAGGAAGAAUCUUGCCGGCGAAGGCUCGAACCUGUUUUUCAAGCUGUACGAGGUCAUUGGCUUGGUCGCAGAAGAGUUUGAUGGGAUUGCUAAAGUCAAGUGGGUCGUUGAAAACGUCUCAUCCAUGGAUGUCGCAGCGCGAGAUGAAAUCAGCACUUGGCUUGGUGUCGCCCCAUUAAGGCUGGACCCCGCAGAUGUGCUCUGUUAUAGCAGGCCGCGUUUCGCUUGGAUCUCUGAGUGGCCACAUGAAACCGAAGGGGCAUCUUUCGUGAAGAGAAAAGGGUUUGUUGAGGUAUGUAUGACAGCCUCGGAACCACCCCAGUCACAGUGGGCCCGGCUCGGGUGGCAUCGUGUUGAGCCCUCGUCAAAGCUCCCCACCUUCAUGAAGUCGAUUCCGCGCGCAGAGCCCCCGCCAGCACCUGCUGGGCUUGGGCGGACUCCGCAGGAUGCGCUCGAGAGAUGGGCAGCAGAUUGCUACCGGUUUCCCCCCUACCAGUACAAGGAAGCAUUUCUGUUGUCAGACGGUGACAAUCUUCGUUACCCCGAUGCUGGUGAAAGAGAAAUCCUCAUGGGAUAUGGAGCAAGACAUACGGCGUUUUGCCUGCCCGCUUCAGAGGCAAAGAAAUCAGCCCGAGCAGUCGAAGAUGAAAGACUAAGCCUCGUUGGAGACAGUUUCAGUGUGCUGUCCUUUGGCUGGGUGGCAGGCCAAUUGUGCCGCGCCUUUCGGCCCGAGCUCGGCGCCCAAGAGCUACUCAAUGUGCUCGGCUUGGCUCCAGGGCACUGCGCCCGUCCAGGCACAUUUGCUCCAAUGGGGCGCUGGAAGGACUACGGUAGCAGUUCUCUGAACCUCUCAGCACUUGGAGAAGAAGUGAUUGCGUCCAAAUUGUGUCUGGGUGCCAAUCAUACUGGGUCAGAUGUCCGCAUCAGCACUGGCGAGUUGUUUGCGCCCUCGAAGGGUGUGCGACAAAGUGUGGAUGCCGUUUGGUGGACCUGGAAACAAGUCUAUCAAAAGAGAUGGAAGUUCGCGCACCACAUCAAUGCCCAAGAGAUGCGAGCACUGCUUCUUUCCUUGCAAUGGCGCGCCAGCAGGUACCGCAGAGCGGUCCGGCUGCUUUGGCCUUUUGUGCAGUUUGUUCACACUUUUUCCGAGCUAGAUGCAUGUGCCGCAGACUGGGUGGAGCUGAUGUGGGGCCGAGGUGAGCUUCUUUCGUUAAAACUUGAAGAUGUACAGUUAGGCGCCGCGCGGGCCGUGCUUAAUCUCCGGCUGACUAAAACCAGUCGCCGUGCUGGCGCUUUUGAAGCUGUCACCGUCUCUGACGCAGCAGUGGUGGAGGCCCUUCGGACUCUUGUGUCCAUCCGAGCUGCGCAGGGCCUGCCAGGUGUGAUCUGGAUGCAUAGCGCCCAACGCUUCCGCACUUCUUUCCGCCACAUGUGCAGUUGUUUUCACCUUCAGAAUCUCAAUUUCCAGCCGUACUCCCUCAGACGAGGUGGAGGCACUUUUUUGCUGCAGCACGGAGUAGCUCUGGAGCAGAUCCUCCUUCGAGGCCGCUGGCAGUCUCUCGCUGCCGCGCGGGUCUACCUCCAGGAUGGCUUGGCCAACCUCACCGACAUCCGCUUGUCCACUGCCUCCAAAGAGUUGCUUUCGCGCUUUAAUUCCCACUUUACAGCUUCGCCGUGA